GUCGUCAUGUCCUUCCAGAAGGAUCCAAUUGAGGCUUACAUCCGCGGAGACGAUGACCAGCCAGAAGUGGCCAGUGGCGCUGUCAGAAUCACAGGAGGUGGCAAGCGGCCAGAAUUUGUUGCGGAAUGUCGCACUCUGGAUGACCUUCUGCGCUCCCGGGGGCUGGUGCGGCCAGCAGUGGUGGACUUCUUGUCGGUCGAUGCCGAAGCCGCCGAGGUGGAGAUUUUCCGCGAUUUUCGCUUCGAUGACUUCGACAUCCGAGUGAUAAAUGUGGAGGUUCAAGCCAAAAACUAUUACGAUCUGGACAACGUCAUCCUGAAUUCCGGGUAUGCCAAAGUCGCCGUAUUAGGAGGUGACCACGUGUAUGCGAAACUGGGCUCCCCUUUCACUUUCCCGUCCAGAAUGGCGGCAUGGCGGCAGGUUCUUGCAAAGGACUUCUGGGCCCAUGAGGCUCCAAAGACAGCUGCGGCUUUGCACAGUCGCGCUGGUGGGCCCUCGCCCAUGACGGCGGUGUGUCCUACCUUGCGGCAAGCUUUGCGAAGCAGCCUCGAGAUCCCUCCGCCCAUGCCGACUCCUGCGCCCUCGGUGGACCAGGCACCGGAAAUCCAUUGGAUGGAAUUCCAGACAUGGUUUCUUGCCAUCCUCGACUUAAAGUUCAGCCAGCAGGGAGCCGUGCUGCGAGGCAUCCUAGAGUCACGGCCACCCCUUCCUCCCACGCCGGCAUUGCCGUUACCGCGCCGAGUGUCCAUGACGGAAAAGCAUGCAAGAUCUCCGACAUCCCCUCGGCAACCGCAAGUCUUUGAGGUCAAACUCGACCAGGAGAUCUCGCCUGCAGGGGAUGACCUGGAAAGAAGCAGUCAGGUGGCCGAGUCAUCGUCACCAAAGGCCACCCUUCCGCACGCCGUCAUGUUCAUUGCGAAGAAGCGGAUGACAACCCUCGGGGUGAACCUGAUGUCAGAGAAGAUGCAACCAGAGCCACCGGUAAAGCACUUCGUGAAGACAAAGCUUGACCUUUACAUGGGAGGAGUCGUCCUCAUAAACAUGAUCUUCAUGGUCGUCAUGACACAGUGGACAGGGUCGAGAGCAGAAGCAAGUCUCGGAUUGAUUCCCGAUCCCUGGCCCUUCUUUACAGAUGCCUUCUUCGACGUGUCUGAGUAUUGCUUCUUCAGCCUCUACGUCGCUGAUGUUGUCUUUCGACUCCUGGUCCUACGCAGAGAAUGGUAUUUCGACCCCUCGGAAGGGUAUAUGUACUUGAACAUGUUUGAUGCAUGCCUGGUCUGCGUAAGCACCUUCGAGCUGCUGCUUCUACCGGCCAUUUUCUCCGCUGGUGGGAACCCAGACAUCGAAACCAACACGAUCAGAGUGUUGAAGCUGAUUCGGAUUGUGCGAACACUGCGAAUUUUCAAAACCGUGUCUGUGUUUCGUCAGUUGCGCCUGCUAGUCUCGACAUGUAUAGCAAGCAUUGGCGCGCUGUUCUGGUCCAUGAUUCUUCUGCUUCUUUUGAACAUAGCUUUCGCACUAAUGAUGGCACAAGCGCUGCAGACUUUCAUCCUGGACGAGGAGGCUGAUCUAGACACACGUGUCCUGAUGAACCAGUACUACGGAAGCUUCACUCUAGCCUUCUACACCAUUUUCGAGGUGACGCACAGCGGGUCUUGGCCGUCGCGUGUGCGUCCUGUUCUAGAUUUAGUGGAUCCUUGGUACGCUGCUCUAUUCCUGCCAUACAUAGCUAUGGUGGUCUUCGCAGUUAUUAGAGUCGUUACGGCUCUUUUCAUCAAAGAAACGCUGGCGAGCGCGGCAAACGACGCAGAGCUGGUUAUCGAAGAAACAAGACGGAAUGCGGUAGAGUAUCAGGAGAAGCUAGAGGAGCUUUUCCAAAUAGUGGAUGACGACGGUGAUGGACACUUGACACCACAGGAGUUCGUGGAAGCCAUGAGCUUGCCGAGCGUGCAGCAGUACAUGAAGUUCCUGGAUGUCAGCGUUCGCGACGUGCGCCCGCUUUUCGACAUUCUGUCCGAGGGUGACGGCCUUAUCACCAUCGCUGAGUUCUGCAAAGGUCUUAUGCAGCUCAAAGGGCAAGCACGGGCUUUGGACAUAGUGAUUCUGCAGCAUGAGAAUUCCAAGCUCAUGCGGCAGUGCAACGAGAUUUAUCGUGCCAUCUGUGAUGCUGCGGCGCAGUGCAGUCCAUGCAGUCCGAGAGGAGGUACGUGGAGUCCGACAGAGUCAUUUAGUAGGCAUGGUGGCGAACGAAAAGUAGGCUAG